AUUGGAUUGAAUAGCCUUCAAUUUCAGGAACAUUUCUCCGCUCUCUAAAGUAUGUUUUGGUGCAUGCAUGAUGUUUGAAGAUUUAAGCAGGCUAAAAGCCUCGUUGAUGAAAUUUGAGAGUGCUGAAGAUGUUCCCAAUAAUUGCCAGCCAUCGCCUUUGUUGGGGUGGGCUUCAGAGGAGAGUCUGCCUGAAUCCGCCAGUGCUGAACAGGCAGCACUUUAGGCAUAUGCACAUUAGAGUUGGAGACCGGGCUGAACUUAGCAGGGCCUUCACACAGAGGGAUGUGGCUACCUUCUCAGAAUUAACAGGGGAUGUCAAUCCUUUGCAUUUAAGUGAAGAUUUUGCAAAACACACCAAGUUUGGAAAGACAAUUGUACAUGGAGUUUUGAUCAAUGGACUCAUCUCAGCUCUCCUGGGUACUAAAAUGCCGGGACCAGGCUGUGUAUUUCUUUCCCAGGAAAUUAACUUUCCAGCCCCUUUAUAUAUUGGAGAAGUUGUUUUAGCUUCUGCAGAAGUGAAAAAGUUGAAGCGGUUCAUUGCUGUUAUUGCAGUGUCAUGUUCUGUAAUAGAAAGUAAAAAGACUGUUAUGGAAGGCUGGGUUAAAGUUAUGGUCCCAGAAAUCCCCAAAUCCUGAGAUAUGUGAUUAAAGAUGCAAGUU